UCAGAAUUAAACUCCUUUUCUCAUUAGUAGGCAGCAAAUAUUUCAACUUUAGCAUUGUUGACAUGGCUUCCAAAGCUCAGGCCUCAGUCACCCUUUUCCUGUCACUGAAUCUCCUCUUCUUUGCUCUUGUUACUGUAAACCAUUGUGACACUUGCCAUAACACUGGUGAUGGAGAUUCUGGAAAAGGCAGUGGUGCUGGCAAUGGCAGUGGAGCUGGAAAUGGGCAAGGCAGGUGCCCGAGAGAUGCUCUGAAGUUGGGUGUAUGUGCAAACAUAGUUGGUGGAUUGGUGGGAGCGAUAGUGGGUUCUCCUCCAACUUUGCCGUGCUGCAGCUUGAUCGCGGGGCUGGCGGAUUUAGAGGCGGCAGUUUGUUUGUGCACAGCCAUAAGAGCAAAUGUGCUGGGAAUAAAUCUGAACGUGCCCCUCCCUUAACCUCGUUCUCAACAAGUGUCGCUACUAAAAACAACUGUCAAAAAGCGUCUAGAAUAACCGACUGAAAUCGAUAGGAAUAGAAUAGAAACCGACCAAUUUAUGACCAUUUUCAAUUCGUCGAAAAAAGAAUGGUCGCAAUUGAGGAGCGACCGCAGUCGGUCGGUAAUUGUCAACACACUUUGACCAAGUUAUCUCACACAAAAUAAUCUUACCGACCGAAUUUAGUCGGUA